UGACGAGCUGCUUUCAUGCCCAACGGUCGUUGCAGAAAGCGUUAAGGAACUCAAGCCAAAGAAACAAUCAACAGCUAGCUAAUAAUACAACAACAGUACAUUUUAAACUAUAAUGGAAUUUAUUUAAUUCUCUUCGCUUGGCAACAAUAACAACGGAAACCAAAAACAAUUUUCGCGUUCCGUCUUCAUUUUUCGUGCGCGAAUUGAAAGCGAAAGUUAUGUGAUAAGCAAUUUCUGUGUGUGCUUUUUUCGCAGUGAAAUUAUCCUGCGUGCCACAGCGUGUGUCCAAGUGUUUGUGUGCGUGUGCGUGUGUGUGUGUGUGGCGUGUAUAACUGCGCAGGACGUAACAGUGAAAGCUCUUUUAUCAGUGAAGAGCUGCUGCACAGCAGCCUGUUUUUAAUCAGGCAUAUCAAGGCAAGGUCAAGGAAACAGCUGACGCGGCAGAUAAAUAAAAAUAGAAACGUUUAGUAAACAAAAUUGAGUUUGUGAAAAGCAUUGUGUGCAUAAAUAAAUCAAUUAAAUUAUAAAAGCAAAUUUGACGACAAGCCUACAAGAAAACCCAACAACAAAAUGUCUUCCAUGGCUGCAUUUGAUCAAAUCAAAAUUGGACUCAAAAUGGUCGACUUCAAGGUCCAACAGCGUCGUUAUCGUACAAGCGAAAAGACUGUCGUCAGCACCACAUAUGGUCCAAUUAAGGGAGUCAAACGCAAGUCCAUCUAUGGACAACCCUACUUCAGUUUCGAGAGAAUACCCUUUGCCAAGCCACCUAUUGGGGAGUUGCGUUACAAGGCGCCGCAGCCGCCAGAUAUUUGGACUGAGGUUAAGAGCUGCACAUCUCAGGGUCCAAAACCAUUGCAGAAACACUUUGUAUUUGAUAUGACAGAUGGUUCGGAGGACUGUCUCUAUCUCAAUGUCUACACUAAGAAUGUAUAUCCCACCAAACCCAUGCCAGUGAUGGUCUGGAUCUAUGGAGGUGGCUUUCAGUUUGGCGAAGCCUCUCGUGAAUGCUACAGUCCCGAUUACCUGCUCCGAGAGGAUGUCGUCGUGAUAUCUAUCAACUAUCGAUUGGGUCCACUUGGUUUUCUUUGUCUCGAGGAUCCCGAAUUAGAUGUGCCCGGCAAUGCGGGACUCAAGGAUCAGGUGCAGGCUCUGCGUUGGGUCAAAGCCAACUGUUCGCGCUUUGGCGGCGACUCAAGCAACAUAACGGUCUUUGGCGAUAGCGCAGGCAGUGCCUCAGUGCAUUACAUGAUGAUCACAGAGCAGACACGCGGACUCUUCCACAAGGCCAUCUGCAUGUCCGGCAACACGUUGUCGCCUUGGGCCGUAACGCCGCAACGCAAUUGGCCAUAUCGAUUGGCCGUACAGGCGGGCUAUACGGGAGAGAAUACGGACCGCGAGGUGUGGGAGUUUUUAAAGAACGCCAAGGGCUCGGACAUCAUCAAGGCGAAUGGUGAGCUGUGCAUCGACGAGGAGAAAAAGGAACGCAUCGGUUUCUCCUUUGGUCCCGUCAUCGAGCCCUACGUAACCAGCCACUGUGUGGUCCCCAUGAAGCCCAUUGUCAUGAUGCGAACUGCCUGGACCAACAGCAUACCUCUAAUACUGGGCGGUGUCUCCAACGAGGGACUGUUGCUGUACUCCGAGACGAAAUCGAAUCCCAAAUGCCUCAACGAGCUCGGCGACUGUCGUUUUGUGGUGCCCAUGGAGCUGGACAUGGAUCGGGAAAGUGCUCUAUGCAAAGAUUAUGGAGAGCAGCUGCGUCAGUGUUAUUAUGGCGAUAAGACGCCGAGUCUGGAAACACUUCACGAGUAUCUGCAGAUGGUCUCGCACGAGUAUUUCUGGUUCCCCAUCUAUCGCACAGUAUUGUCGCGCUUGGAGCAUGCACCUGGCGCCCCCACCUAUUUGUACCGCUUUGACUUUGACUCGAAGCACUUCAACCAUCUGCGCAUUCUCAGUUGCGGCAAGAAGGUACGUGGCACAUGCCACGGCGAUGAUCUCUCCUAUCUCUUCUACAAUUCGCUCGCGCGCAAAUUGAAGAUCCAUACGAGGGAAUACAAGUGCAUUGAGAGACUUGUCGGCUUGUGGACACACUUUGCCACCUAUGGCAAUCCGAAUUUCGAUCCCGAUCAGUCUGAUCUGUGGCAGCCCAUCUCGGCAGCUGCCGUCGAGAAGCGUCAGCUGAAGUGCCUUAAUAUAUCCGAUGAUCUCAAGAUCAUCGAUGUCCCCGAACUGCGCAAAUUGAUGGUCUGGGAGAGCUUCUUUCGGCGUGACGAGCUGCUGUGAAUAAACGAAUGCUUUGAGUGCUAUCAUCGGGGAGUCUCUACUUAGCAUUAUGAUUAGCUUUAUGUUCGAACAAUGCAAAGCCUAGCUUUAAAGCUUUAGAUUCUGCAACUGCUACAGUUACAGUUAAAGAUACAGAUACAUCUAUGUGUUGUUAAGUUUGUUCAUGAUCCAAAUUCUAUUUAAGCCUGUUAAAGUUGAUCAAUGUCUCCAAAAGCCCACUUUGAUCAUGUUGAUACAAACUUUAGACGUUAGCUAUAGUACAUACUGAAAUAAAAUGAUUUAAGUCGCAACUAAAGUACCUUUUGAUAGGGCGAUGCCGCUUGGGAAUUCCCACCCCCAUUGGAGUACAAUCUCCAUCUUGUUCCUUAAGUGUCGCAAAACGAUUUUAACUAUUUGAGCAUAUGCAAGAUUCUGUCAAGGCGCCGCUUUAGCUAAAAAUAAUUAACUAUAAUUUAUACUUAUUAAAUUAUAAUCCUCUCAUCAUAUGACAUUAUAUAAUUUUGUAAAGAUGCAUUGGGUAAACAUGCCUCAUUAGCUUUAAAAGCGUCUUGCGGAGGUUUUUGAAUAACUAACAAUUUUGUUAUUACAUAAGUAUAUAAUUUUUGGAUAUGUAUUUUUUUUAGCAAAACUCGUCCAAGUUUUACAUAUUUAGGAAAUGAUUCUCGUAAUCAGAGAAAGAUAUACAUAUAGUAUAUAUAUUGUAUAUUCAUAUAGGAAAAAACAAAGAAGAAUAACAACUUUGAUUAUCUGUUCGACACCUUGAAAUGUUAUUGAAAGUGCACAUUCUAAUCUUAAAUGUUUCGAAUUGUUUUUUAUUUAUAUAUUUCUCAAUGAGCAUUAAAGUUUGAGCUCUCAAAAUUUUAAUUCCUAUAAGCUUCAAAAUAAUGUGAUGCAACAAAACUAACACAAAUUCAUAUUUUAGUAAGACAACAUUUCAAUGGAUAACUGAAUGUAUUUCAAAUAAAAACAACUGAAAAAAUUUUCAAAUAUAUCA